CGUCACUUCCUCUCGUAGGGACUACCGCACGUGUAGGGRAAUAGGCUGUUUACAGUCUAAAAAGUCAGUUUAACCUUUAGCCUACUAAUGCUGCUGUAAAACACCGAUAUUAUUGUUAAUACACAGCUUGAGUUACGCUGCAGUGAUGCCGAAAGUGAAAAAAUCUAAAGGAGGAGAAAAGAGCGGCGGCCGAGGAGCAGCGGUGUCGCUGGCCGACCAGAUCCUCCAGGCGGAUACGAUCCGAGCCCGAGACCGUGUGAAGGCUCGAGACAGCCGGGUGGAAAGCGAGGACAAUUAUGUGGACGAACGUCUGUCAAGGAAAAUCUUACAGCAGGCCAGAAUUCAACAAGAGGAACUGCAAACAGAGUAUGGUCUGGGACAUGAGAAGAAGAAGGCACCAGUCACUGUUCUCGGUCCUGACUCUCAGGAUGUUGACUCAGAUGAAGAGUGGCCAGCUCUGGGAGAAGCAGGUGCAAGUGACAGGGAUGCAGAAGUUGUCGUGGAUCCUGACGAUGAGAAGGCCAUUGAGAUGUUCAUGAAUAAAAACCCUCCAAUGAGGCGGACCUUGGCUGACAUCAUCAUGGAGAAGAUCACAGAGAAGCAGACUGAAGUAGGAACUGUAAUGUCUGAGGUGUCUGGGUGCCCGAUGCCCCAGCUGGAUCCAAGAGUAACUGAGGUGUACAGGGGUGUUGGUAAGGUUUUGUCAAAGUAUCGCAGCGGUAAACUGCCAAAGGCCUUUAAAAUAAUCCCAGCACUUUCAAACUGGGAGCAGGUUCUGUAUUUGACUGAGCCUGAAACCUGGUCUGCAGCUGCUAUGUACCAAGCAACAAGAAUCUUCUCCUCCAAUCUGAAAGAGCGAAUGGCUCAGAGGUUUUACAACUUAGUGCUGCUGCCCCGAGUGCGGGAUGAUAUCACAGAGUACAAACGACUAAACUUUCAUCUCUACAGUGCCCUGAAAAAGGCUUUGUUCAAACCAGGAGCCUGGUUUAAAGGAAUCCUGAUUCCUUUAUGUGAGUCWGGAACAUGUACUCUGAGAGAAGCCAUCAUCAUCGGGAGCAUACUCACUAAAUGCUCCAUUCCAGUGCUGCAUUCCAGCGCGGCGAUGCUUAAGUUGGCGGAGAUGGAGUAUAACGGUGCCAACAGCAUUUUCCUGCGGCUCCUGCUCGACAAGAAGUACGCCCUGCCUUUCCGUGUUCUGGAUGCCUUGGUGGCCCACUUCCUGUCUUUCCGCAGUGAAAAACGAGAUCUUCCCGUGCUGUGGCAUCAGAGUCUGCUCACCAUGGCCCAGCGCUACAAAGCCGACCUGGCCUCCGAACAGAAGGCAGCUCUGCUGGAGCUGCUGAAGAUAAAAACACACCCUCAGAUUUCAGCAGAGAUCCGCAGAGAGCUACAAAACUCAGAGUCACGGGAUAUUGAAGUUGGGCUCCCUGUUACAUUUGAAAUGGACUGAUUGUGUCUGGUGUGGCAUUGCUCACAUUUAAAAAAAUGGUAAAUAAUUAUUURUAAUCUUACGUGGAGACGAUUCUAAAAAUACCAAGACCUCCUGCCUGGACUUGUUUGCACAUGUGAACAGCUGAUCAUUAAUUUCAUAACAAAUGUCUCAGAAACAGAGUUUUCGUGUACAUUUGUGUAAGAGUUGUCAUUCUGAAGCAACAAUUCAGAAUAAAAGCUGAAUGCAUUUUUAAAAAUCAA